ACACCAUCCCAACCAAAGUUAUCUUAUUCCGUCUCACGGUCUCAACCACACACCGUCGUCCAUCUUCCCCCACAAUGGCUCUAACUGGGAACAACAUACUCUGCAAGAUUCCCGCCGGAAUAUUGCGCACACGCUUCCCUCUCUGCCACACGUUCGUGAUAUCAAUCUCUUCAAUACCGCCGUGGCCGAACGGAAGACGCCAUAUCACUGUGCCUGCUGCGGGAAAGGUUUCUACGGGUAAGAUUGGUAGCAAGAGCAGAACCAGUUCGCUCUCAACAAAGGAGCCAAUAAAAGAAGAUGAGGAAAAGCCAGGUCGGAUUUCCUUUGGAACCGAUAACGAUGCUCAGGAAAACUCGAUUUCCUCCGCCGAUGAUGUACCUGGAAUGCCGGAACUCCCAGGACGGGAACCUGAUUUCUGGGAAGGUCCUCAGUGGGAUGCAUUUGGAUUCUUUAUUCAGUACAUGUGGGCUUUUGGCAUAGUCUUUGCGUUAGUUGCAUGUGUUGUUGCUGUCGCUACAUACAAUGACGGAGCAACAGACUUCAAGGACACACCUGCGUACAAGGAAUCAGUUGAGUCACGGGAGCUUCUAGAAGGACCCGAUUCAUCUAAAGCAGAUGUCUUUGAAUCCAAUCCAACUGAUGAAGCACCUAGUUUGGCUGAAUAGCUAAGCUCUGUCACAUUCCAAUCAUGGAUUGUUUUGCAGUUGGGAUUGUGAUGGGCUGGAUAAUGGGAACUGUCAAUCUUCAAGUACAGAACUUAGCAUGUAUGUAUUUCCCAGACCCAGCAUUUUGUGGGAUUGGUACGCCUUUUAAGUAUUGCAUAUCGCAGUUUUUUUUUUUGUUUCCAAUAGAAGCUAUAUUUUCUACCAAGUAUCAAAGUCUCUCCACUUCAUUUUGAAAUUUGUACCAUCUUCUCCACUUAAGUAUGUAUAUAUAUGGUCUAAUAUUUGGUUGGAACAGUUGAAUUUUAAAAAGGGA